AUGGACGGGCGUUUAGUGAAGGAGAACCCGCUGCUUCUCCCCAUGAACCGAAACAAGACUGUUUAUGAUGGAUUCAUCACUGUCCAGGAUCAGGAUUUCAGACUCAGGGUCCUGCUGCCCCCAGACCGACAAAUCAAACAGGCCAAAGUGCUCUGCUGCUGGUCUCUGAGGAACAUGUUGCGAGGACAUGAGGUCAUCAUCAAACAGAGGCUGCUGCAGUCCUCAGACCUGGGCUCCUUCCUGCUGGAGAUGAAGACAGUUCUGGAGGUGUGUGUGCAGAAUCGUCCAGAGCCUCUCUCUAUCCCCAGGCCUCAGUCGUACUCGGACCUUCUCUCUGAGCUGGAGACCCUCGGCUGGGACAAGCUGCUGUUCAUAGACUCAGACUUCAGGACUCUGAGGCUGAAGGCGGACGACGCUGCCGGACGAGGGCACGUUCUGACGGUGAAACUCAAGCCCAAGCACCCCUCAGAGGCCCCAGAGUGCACUGCAGACGUCCCACUGCCGCUGUCCUUCCACUGGACUCCACAGUGGGAGCCGUGGACGAGUGUCUCUGCCGCCGCCUCCCUCUCUCUUCUCACACGUUUGACUUCUCUCGCUGAAACCUGA